AUGCGCAGACUUGAUGCAAUGCCGAAUUUUAAUGAUAUAUCACUCGUACUUUACGGUUACGUACGUUCAUCACAUAGAACAAUUUUCACAUGGAUAUUGAGUAUUCUGUCAGCGGGUUUUCUUCGUUUGGUAUUCUAUUGGAAACCCGAUUGGAAAUUGUGGUGUGAAUGUACAAAAGCCGAUCUUGGCCGGGCAACAUUUGUUUUACUCCAGGAUCGUUACAAACAAUGGUACGUUGAAAAUGUACUUAUAAUUGAUAGUGAUUACCCAGCAAAUUCUCCAAAAUUACCAGUUCGAGUCAGAUAUGAAAGUAUCUCUGAUACACAACAACCUGUUGAAAAUGUUGUUGUACGACGAUAUUUUAUCAAUAAACGAUGGCGUUACAUUUGGAAAGAUCGUGAAUAUAAAUUUGAAAAAUUAUUAGGUAUUGAGCAUAAUCAUAAAUGUGAAUAUUUUCAAGAAUGUUCUCCGCUUACCAAUGAAGAAAAAAAUCUACGAAAGAAACUGUAUGGUGAAAAUUCGAUUAGUCUUCAUUUAACUCCUUUACUUCAACUGAUCGUCAAAGAGGUUUUGUCACCAUUUUAUAUAUUUCAAGUGUUUUCAUGUAUAGUGUGGUAUUCCGAUGAAUAUUAUUAUUAUGCUAGUUGUAUUGUAUUUAUAUCAUUAGUAUCGAUUAUUUAUACACUUAGAGAAAUAAGAAAAAAUGAAAGAGCUCUUCGUAACACUGUUCAUCAGUCAGAAUUAACGCAAGUAAUUACUCGUUAUCCAGAGACGAAUACAGAAGAAGAAAGCGAAACAACUAGCGAAGAGUUGGUACCGGGAGAUAUCAUUAUUGUGAAAGGUUCAACAAUUAUGCAAUGUGAUGCCGCAUUAUUGAACGGAAAUGUUAUUGUUGAUGAAAGCAUGUUGAGAAGAAUGACUUAUUUAGGUGAAAGUAUUCCGGUGACAAAAGUUGCAAUUCCCUAUUAUCAAUCAUCCACAGAUCAUUCGGGAUUACAGAACACAUUUGAUAUUCGAGAUCAUAGUCGAUUUAUUUUAUUCAGCGGUACAAAAGUUAUUCAAACACGCUACUAUGAAGGAGGAGCGGUGAGAGCUAUUGUUAUUCGUACAGCAUUUAAUACAGCAAAAGGUGAACUCGUUCGAUCUAUACUUUAUCCUAAACCGGUUGAUUUUAAAUUUAAUACUGAUACCUACAAGUAUGUUGGAGGAAUGGCAUUGAUCGCACUUGUUGGAAUGAUAUUUUCGUUCGUUAUGCGUGUUAUUCGUAAAGAGCCAGCAUCUCAAAUAAUAAAACGCACUAUUGAUAUUAUAACAAUUGCUGUACCACCUGCUUUGCCAGCAGCAUUAUCAGCCGGAUUGGUCUAUGCUCAAAAUCGUUUAAAAAAAUUAAAUAUUUUUUGUAUUAGUCCAAGUACAAUUAAUAUAAGUGGCUCAAUUAACAUGGUUGUUUUUGAUAAAACUGGUAUUUCUAGAUUUUAUACACUAUAA